CGCCGGUCGCGGGCAGGGGCGGGCAGGGAGCGGCCCCCGCCCCGCAGCGCGCCGGGUCCCGGCGGGACGAGGAGGAGGAGGCAGGAGAAGGCUCAGGCUCGCAGCCCGGGGAGGUGGGGCCGGGGCAGGUGCCAGGGGGAGGCAGGAAGGGGCGGGCAGGGCGCUGCCCGCUCCUCGCCAUUGGGAAGCGGCCGCAGGCAGCGCCGGAGCCCGCCCGGCCCCGAGCGCCGAGCGGCGGCCGGAGGAGGCUCCCGGAGUCCGGCGCCGAGCCCCGACGGACGGAGGGGGCUGCCCGGGAGCCCCAGCGGAGGGUCCCGAAGCCAGGCUUAGCCCCGCUGAAGCUCAGCGCGAAAUCCCGUCGGAGGCGAGCACCGGAGCCUGGCUGAGCCCGGCAGAAGAUCCCCGAGCCCGGCUUAACCCGCGGCGCAGCCCUGUCGGAGAGUCCCCGAGCCCGGCUGAACCCGCAGCACAGCCCUGUCAGAAGGUCUAGCGGCACAACCUUGUCGGAGGGUCCCCAAGCCCGGCUUAACCCGCAGCACAGCCCUAUCGGAGGGUCCCCAAGCCCGGCUUAACCCGCAGAACAGCCCUGUUGGAGGGUCCCGGAGCGCCGCAGCGGAGCCCCGUCGCAGGGUCGCAGAGCCCGGCUGAAUCCCGCAGCGGAGCCCGGCUGAAUCCCACCAGAAAGCCCCGGCGGAGGGUCCCGAAUCCCGCUGAGCCCCACUGGGAAGCGCCGUCAGAAGGUCCCGGAGCCCGGCUGAGCCCGCAAGCGGAGCCGCGGCGGAGGGUCCCGGAGCCCGGCAGCAGAUCCGCGUCCGAGCAUCCCGCAGCCCCGCUGAACCCGCAGCAAAGCCCCAGCGGAGGGUCCCGUAGCCCCCCGGGAGCGGGGCAGCCCCGGAGCGCCCUCGGAGGAGGCUCCCGGAGCCCCGUCGGCGAGCGGCGGUGCCCGGGGGCUCCCCCCCCGGUGCCCUCCAUGGACUGAGAUGGCCUCGGAGCUGGCCAUGAGCGCGGAGCUGCCCACGAGCCCCCUGGCCAUCGAGUACGUGAACGACUUCGACCUGAUGAAGUUCGAGGUGAAGAAGGAGCCGGCGGAGGCGGAGCGGCUGUGCCACCGCCUGCCCGCCGGCUCCCUGUCGUCCACCCCGCUCAGCACGCCCUGCUCCUCCGUGCCUUCCUCGCCCAGCUUCUGCGCCCCCAGCCCCGGCGGGCAACCGGCCCCCGGCCCCCCGGCCGCCGCCGCCGCCGCUUCGCUGGGCUCCAAGCAGCAGCUGGAGGAGCUGUACUGGAUGUCGGGUUACCAGCACCACCUGAACCCCGAAGCGCUCAACCUGACGCCGGAGGACGCGGUGGAGGCGCUGAUCGGCGCCCCGCACCACCACCACCAUCACCACCAGGGCUACGAGCCCUUCCGGCCUCAGCCCUUCGCGGGCGAGGAGAUGCCGCCGGCCGCCCACCACCACCCCGGCCACCACCACCACCACCACCACCACCUCCGCCUGGAGGAUCGCUUCUCCGACGACCAGCUGGUGAGUAUGUCGGUGCGGGAGCUCAACCGGCAGCUGCGGGGCUUCAGCAAGGAGGAGGUGAUCCGCCUCAAGCAGAAGAGGAGGACCUUGAAGAACCGCGGCUACGCUCAGUCCUGCCGCUACAAGCGGGUCCAGCAGCGGCACAUCCUGGAGAACGAGAAAUGCCAACUGCAGAGCCAGGUGGAGCAGCUCAAGCAGGAGGUGACCCGCCUGGCCAAGGAGAGGGAUCUGUACAAAGAGAAAUACGAGAAGUUGGCCGGCCGGGGCUUCCCGAGGGAACCGUCCCCAUCCUCCGCCGCCCCCCCCAAAGCCGCCGCUGACUUCUUCAUGUGAGCCCGGUGGGCUGGUGGGAUGCGGUGGGAUGGGGGGUGGGAUCGCUCCCCCUCCCCCCCCCCUUUUUUUUUUUUUGUUGUUGUUGUUGGUUUGUCGUCGCUGUCGUUCCUCAUGCGGGGAGAGCAAAAAAAAACAAACCCGCCGCUUGUCUUUUAAAAAAAAUUAUUAUUAAUAAUAAUGAUAAUAAUAAUAUGAGGACGUCCCCCCCUCCCGGGGAAAUUUUGGGGAGGGGAAGUCGAACUCGCCCCCCCACGCACCCACCCGCCCGUGGGGACUCGGGGUGGGGGGUCCCGGGGUGGGUGAGUGGGGGGCGGACCUGGAGCCAGCCUUGCAUGCGGGACGUGUACGGCCACCCCCCCCUCUUUUCCCGGGAUCAUCAGCGCCUUCCAGGUGGAUUCUCCUUCUCCCCCCACCCCCCCCAAUCCCACACACCUUUUCCUGCGUGUUUCACCCUCAAUUUGAUUUUUAUUCUUCCAGGGGUCCCCACGGAUCGGGCCGGGGGGGGGUCCCCGGCAGCGCUGCGCCCUGUCCGGCCCCUCCGCGCCCCCCCCUCUUUCCCUCCCUAAUUCCCGGCCGGCGAAACUGAGCCACGUUUAACUUAUUCACCCUUGUAAAUAUGUAGAAUAUUAGUUAGUUUUUUGCCUUUUUUUUUUUUUUUUUUUUUUGAGCCUAUAUUUUGCUUGGUGAUUUACGAGAAAAAAAAAAACUUAAAAAAAAAAAGACAAAAAAAAGACAAAAAAAACCCCAAAUCCUUUAGAAAAUAGACAAAAAAAAAUUACACGAGUCUUAAAAGUUUGUAUGUAAUAGCAUGCAAAUAAUAUCCGAGUUAAUUUAAUGAUGUUGGGAAGAAGCCGAAUGCACUAUAUACAGGAAUCGAUUGGGUUAAAUAAUACUGUUUUAUAGAGAUUUAAAAUUAUCUAUGCUCUUAAAAAAUAGUGGGGAGGGGGAGGGAGGGAGGGAGGGAAGGGAGAGGCAACAAUUUUCGGGUGACCUGAAAGGCAAUAUAGUAAUAUAUGGACUGCGAACGGUUGGCUGCUAUCUCACUAUGCACCAGAUUUAUUUAUUAACCCUCGGGAGAAACGGGAUCUUAUUUUAACCUCGAUGUUCGGUGGAGAAAAAAAAAAAAAAAAAAAGGAAAGAAAAUGCACAUUAUUUGCUGUGUGGAAAAGGAAAAAAAAAAAAAAAGGAAAAAGAGGAUUAAGAAUUCGUGCAAUCGUCGGAGCGAAAGCGGGACCGAGGAGCGGGGUGGGUUUUGGUUUUUUUUUUAAAUUUUAUUUUAAACGAGUUGCUUCUUUAAAAAAGAGGAGAGAAAAAACCAACCCUUGAUUUUUGGGGUGGGGAGGGGAGGGGGGGGGGAAGAACAAAAGGGGUCCUGCGGACACGCGGCGAGCUUUUUGGGGAGCCCCUGGUGCAUUUUAGGGACUGAUCGUGCGAAGCGUUUUUACCGACCUGUUGUUUCGAUUCGUGACGGUUUUAACGAUGUUGCAUCAAGAUAAAAAAAAAACUUAUAUUCAACUAGA